CACGCAUGCGCGUGAAACUUCAGCCUGUCUGCAACAGCACUGUUGGACUGCUCUCCGAGCACGGGAGCAGAUCCGAGAGACCGAUCAGUGAGGCGCCAGGUGUUUGGCGUAUGGAUCGUCGUUGUGUUGGAUCUUUUUAAUUCUUUGCAAAGCUCAAGUUCACAAUUCCACAAAAUGUUAUUGAAUGCUCCGUGUUCAAAAUGGAAACUGUAUCUAGUUCUCGUUCUGAUGUGUCAGGCAACGCGGCGGAUUGAAGGAUAUCCUCAUGCGACCGUCGAAAAUUCGCAAGACAAUAUCUCGAAACUGAUCGAAAACGCUUACAAGAAUCACGAAUUAUUGUCGCAGAAUGAGUGGUUAUUGCGUAAUAACGAAGGUCGAGCGAACAGUCCGAUGGAGAGCACCACCUUGAAACAGUUACAUUCUCAGAGCGAUGAAAUUUCAUCAGAACUGUCGUACACACAAAGAAAAUUGUUGGCAGUGUCAAGUACAUCAUCGUCAAGUUAUAAGGAGAGAGACGAGAUUAUUUUUCCAGAAAGACCAACACCGAUUUGCCAUAAUAACAGCACGUUCUGCGAGGACGUCGUUGGUUAUCCGAAGCAAUUAAUAAAUCGCGCGAUCGCGCAAAACGACAGUCUCAGAUUUCUGCAGACCAUCGAUCCGUUGCCCGAAAUCGAACAGAGAAUGGAUGAACUGGACGCAUGGCCACUUUGUCGAUAUCAUGAAGAAGUAGUAUAUCCAAAGGCUGCACAGGAUAAGGACAAUCAGUGGCUGUUCGUCGUGAAUCAAGAGAAUCUGAAGCAAGGAGUGCGCAUCGAAGUUUGCGAAGACACAAAUCGAGGAUGUAACAUGAUCGAUGGUUUCGCGGAGGGUUACCGAACCACUUGCAAGCAGAAGUAUAUAUAUCGAGAAUUGGCGGCGAUGGACGCCAAUAGCAAUAAAAUUAUCAAGUCACAGUUCUCCUUCCCGUCUAGUUGCUGCUGUCACGUUAAGUUUACCGGUAACACGCUCGUCCGAUUCGGACCAGGUCUGCAUACUAAUUUAAAUCGGACCGUGGAAGUAAAGAAAGGAGGAGGAUAUGAAAGUGAGAGCGAGAGCGAAGAAAAGCGCUAACUGCCGCCAAUUGCUAAUGAGAGAACGCAUGCAUAAAAUUCGUCCUGCGUAUCUCCUUUUAGCAACACCGAGAUGAUCAAAAUAUUGUACUCCAUGUGGACUUCGACCAAUUCUUGGAAAAUAAUCGACAAUGUAUCAUACAUAUAUAGUCAGUUACCAAAAAAAAAACCUUUAUGUAAACUUUUUUUUAUAUAAAUAAUACAAAUGUUUUUAUAUUCUUUAAUACGAAUGACAUUUGACGCUAGGAUAAGAAGUGUAUACAGAGAAUUAUUAUGUGAUAUUAUGUGUGAUAUAAUUAACUUACAUAUAUUUUAUAUAUCGUUGUUAUAUCUAAAUUUUACAUAAGUUAUCUUAAGAUUAAAAUAUUCUACUCU